AAUUCGAAAAUCUGAAAAAGAAUCUUUCCGGUAACCACGACGACGAUGACAACAACAACCACUGUUCGUGUUUGAAUGCGAUAGCACCACGCAUACCAUUUGAUCGUUGUUGAUUGUUGUGUAAAAGUAGGUAAAGGAAAUUUUUUUUUUUUUAUUUGGUCGUCCUUCGAAAACGAAGAAGAAAAAAUUCAUUCGAUCGAUAUCAUUCAAAUUAUUGAGUAGAUUUGAACCAUAAAAUCUUGUUUAAACCGGUGCAUAAAAGUUUUUUUUUAAAUCAAAAAUGGCAACAAAACCAAUACUUCGACCACGAGAAAAUUUAACUGAUGAUGAUCGUGAAGGUAAACAGUUACGUGGCCUUCAAGCAUAUGAACGAUCUUCAUCAUCACAAAUGGGACGAUUGAAUACAAUAUUUCUUGGUCCACCGGGUGCCGGUAAAGGUACACAGGCACAAAUGGUUAAACAACGAUAUGGUGUUUGUCAAUUGGCUACUGGUGAUAUGUUACGUGUCGAAAUUGCAUCCGGUUCUGAGCUUGGUAAAACAGUCAAAUCCAUAAUGAGUGAAGGUAAACUGGUUGAUGAUCAAUUGGUCAUUCAAUUGAUUGAAUCAAAUAUCGAUUCACCGGCAUGUGCUCGUGGAUUCUUGCUCGAUGGUUUUCCUCGCACUGUUGAACAAGCUAAAAAACUUGACGAAUUGCUCGAAAAACGUAAAAGUCAAUUACAUUCAGUGAUUGAAUUUAAAAUUGAUGAUUCAUUGCUCAUCAAACGUAUCACUGGUCGUUUGUUGCAUGAAAAAAGUGGACGUACCUAUCAUGAAGUAUUCAAUCCACCUAAAGUUCCAAUGACCGAUGAUAUAACCGGUGAACCAUUAAAACGACGAUCAGAUGAUAAUGAAAAAUCAUUAAAAACACGAUUGGCUGCCUAUCAUCAACAAACAUCGCCAUUGGUACAAUUCUAUGGUGCCAAAAAUGUCUUAUCCACUAUUGAUGCAUCGAAAAAAACCAAUCAAGUUUUUGCUGCCAUUCAAUCGAUAUUUGAUUCAAUAUUGAAACAGUAUGGAACCAUUAGUUCCAAAUGAAUCAAUCAUUAUCAUAGGAACAUCAAUGUGACUUUUUAAAAUUUCCAUUUGGUAAUUCAAAUUUAGAGAAAAAACAAGCAAAAAAUUUUUUAAAAAUCAAAUCAUUUUUGU